UGAAGUAGGAGCCCGCACCCAACUUCUCUCCCCCUCUCUGCGCGGAAAGGAAAUGGCGAAGUCUUGCAAGGGACUAGCGAUGGAACUUGUCAAAUGUUUAAGCGAAUCUGAUUGCGUUAAGGUUGAGAAUCGUUCAUACAGAGAAUGUGCCGCAGAGAAGAGCCCUUCCAUACCUAGCGAGUGCAUGGGUCUUAGGGAUACUUACUUCAAUUGCAAGAGAGGCCAGGUUGAUAUGAGAGCUAGGAUUCGUGGAAACAAAGGCUACUAGUAAGACUUCAUGGUUAACUGACAGAAACUUACGGCAUUGGAGUUUUGAAGUUACAGAGAAAUUGAUACAACUGAAAGAGACUGUUCUUGAAUGUUGUUUUCCUUGAAAUCUUCUGGCUUUUACUAAAGAAGGCGCAAUCCAAAUUGUGUAUAUGUUUUGGCUCAAAUAGUUUUUCCUCCUCGACUUGGAAUGAGCUGUAUUGCAUGAAGAAGGGUAAAUUGGUUGUUGAAUUUUUGCUUCGUAGUCCUGUCUAGCUGCUAUGAGAAUAAUCUUCCUGUGAAUCUGUUGGACUUUAGGCGCCUCUCUUCAUAAUAUGGCAUUGCAUGAAUCCUAUUCCUAGCCCUA